AUGCCCAUCCCCAACUACGGCGUCUGGGUCGGCCACCCGCACCGCUUCCACGCGCAAACCGCCCACCAAGACCACACGACCCCCCACAUCAACCUGUUCCUACGCGACGGCGCCUACAGCCCCAACCCCGACGACGACGACCGCGAACACGACCACCAUCACAGCGACUCCGAAGUCCAAGUCGCCAUCAACGUGAAAUCCACCCAGCACGACACGCGCCUCGUCUUCUGGUUCGUCCGCGACUUCACCCACCACCCGCUCGUCCACGAGCUCGCCAGCCUGACUCCGGGCUUCCACCGCAUCAAACCGCACCCGGACAACGCCGACCCCGACGACGACGACGAGCGCGAGCUCCCCUACCGCCACCAGCAGUACCACCCCACCCUCGUCGGGCUGGACUACCUGCGCACCACCCCGCGAUUGGUGGAUAUCGAGGCCGGCCGCCUCCUCCCGCACGACAUCCCCGGCAGCGAUAACGAUAUGCUGGAUGAGCUGGAGCCCAUCCUCAAGGAGGCGAUCCACCGGCGCGCGACGGCGUAUGUGUUCGGGAGCUCGUUCGGGACGGGCAUCCACGACGUGCAUAUGAACCAGGGCAGUCGGAAGGCGUACGAGGAUGCCGUCUUCAAGGAUGGCGCCUUGGUGUUUCGGUUCCCCGAUGGGCGGUGGGAGGCGGUGUUUCUGGCCUUUGCGUCGCAGGCCGUGCCGACGGAUUAUCGGGGACGGGCGGUCGUUGGAGGCGAGGGGAGGGAUUUGGGGGAGAUUUUGGGAUUAUGGGACGAGAUAGAAUGGUACUACGAAUGGAACUGA